CCGGGGGAGCCGCGUCCGGCCGGGCCGGCAGCGCCCGCGGUGCUCCCCGGCAAGGCCUCAGGAAGUGCGAUCAGCCCGGGCCCGCUCCAUCCUCGGGGCCCGCUCCGUUCCCGGGGCCCGCUCCGUUCCCGGGGCCCGCUCCGUUCCCGGGGCCCGCUCCAUCCCCGAUCCCGCGUCGCUGCCAUGGGCCCGGCCCGGCUCCCGGCCCCCCGCGGGCUCGGCCGCUGCGCGCUGCUGCUGCUGCUGCUCCUGGGCGGCUCGGGCAGCCCCGGCACCACGCCACCGCCCCGGGCGCCCUGGGCAGAGGAGCAGGGAGCCGUCCCGGAGCGGGGAGCCUGGGGCACGGUGAGGUACGAAGCCGUGAAGAAGCAUUUGGGAGCUCUCUCCAAGCAGUACUGGCAGUACCUGGCGUGCAAGGUGUGGCAGGAGGGCUGCGAGGAGAAGGAGAAGCAGCAAGGAGAACGAGAGGCCAGUCCCAUCCCAGGCUGGGGCUUUCCUCUGGUGGGCCAGGAUUACCUGGAGAUCCUCUCUGCCUGGUACUGCAGCUUUGGCAAGUGCUGUGAGACAGGAGACUGCAGGAUAAUCAACAACAUCACAGGGCUGGAGGCAGAGCUCACUGGGCAGCUCCACGGGCAGCACUUGGCCAAGGAGGUGGUGCUGCGGGCGGUGCAGGGCUUCCUGCAGAGCCCACGGCCCCGCAAGGCUCUGGUCCUGUCCUUCCAUGGCUGGUCUGGCACGGGGAAGAACUUUGUGGCUCGGAUGGUGGCCAGUCACCUGUACCGCGACGGGCUGAGGAGUGACUGUGUCAGGGUGUUCGUGUCCCUCCUCCACUUCCCACAUCACAACUACGUGGACUCCUACAAGGCCCAGCUGCAGAGGCAGCUCAGCGAGACCCUGCAGCGCUGCAGGCAGGCCCUGCUCAUCUUCGACGAGGCCGAGAAGCUGCACUCCAGCCUCCUGGAUGCCAUCAAGCCCUUCAUGGCUCAACACGGCAGCGAGGGCCAGGCAGAUCAGCAGAGAUCCAUCUUCCUCUUCCUCAGCAAUCUUGGUGGCAACACCAUCAAUGAGGUGGCCCUGGACUUCUGGCGAGCCGGCCGGGCACGGGAGGAGAUCCCCUUGGAGCUCCUGGAGCAGCGGCUGCGGCUGGAGCUGCAGGAGGCUGCAGAGAACAGCUAUGCCCACAGCCAGCUCCUCAGGGAGAACCUGAUCGAUUUCGUGGUGCCCUUCCUGCCUCUGGAGUACCAGCACGUGAAGCUCUGUGCUCGGGACGCCUUCCUGGCCCGUGGCCUUCCCUACACCGAGGCGACGCUCGACCAGGUGGCCCAGAUGAUGGUGUUCGUCCCCAAAGAGGAGAAGCUUUUCUCUGCACAGGGCUGCAAAUCUGUGCCCCAGCGCAUCAAUUAUUUCCUUCCUUGAACACCAGGGGGCCCAGACGUGUGCUGAAGGUGGUUCUGCGCUCUGGGAGCUGCUCUCUUGCCCAGGGUCAGAGGCAGAUGACCCAGCCAGGCACUUGCACAGGGACUUUACAGAGGCUUAAGCCCCCGUUACUCCCAGAGCUGCUGCAGGGAAGGAGGUGCAUCCCUUACUCCUGGGGUGUGGGGACAGGCUGUGCUUGGGUGCUUUUGGAGCCUGUCUGGUGUUCUCAGUCCCUUCUUUGAGCUGGAGGGGUGAUGUGGUUCUGCUGACAGAUGCUGUUCCAUGUGAGUGGGGACUGGGAAUGUCCAAGUCCUUGGUUUGUUGCUGUGUGGUGAAGGGAGGCCUUGGACAGGCUGGUCCUGUUGAAACAGUGUGGCUGAAGCCACGUCCCCAUCCCAAAUUUUCUCUGUCACUUUACAUCAUCACACAGAACUGCUUGGCUGGAGUUGAGAUUUUUCCCCUCUGUUGCUCUCAUGCCUCUCUAAGGUGUCUGCUGCUCAGGGAUUCAUGUGCCAGGACUGUAGUCUGUGCAGGGAGAAAAGGACUGAAUAAUCUCCUCUGGAGAUGCCAAAUCCAUAGCUCUCACCUUGGAGUGUCCACCUCUCACUGGAGCCUUCUGUUGUAUGGAAGCAGCUGCCGGGGUGAGGGGAACUUCUGCUGCAAUUGUUUCACCUGGCAGGUUGGUGCAGAGCCCUUCACUGCAAAACCAAAGAGGGGAGAGAGCUCCUCUGCCAGGGGCAAAGGGCAGGGAGGAGGAUGGUGGCUGAAGCAUCAGCUGCAGCUGAAUGUGAGUUUUCAUGGAUGCAGUAAAAGCUUGGGUUUUUUUCCA